AGCAUUUAACAUCUGGCGGAAGAGCAGAAAGAAGGCUCGUCGACCGCUAAUUUAUGUCACACGCUAACGUAUUUAUUUCCUUUACAAGAAACUGCAUCAGAUCAGGUAUAAGAACCUUUCAUAAAAUGGCUGGAAAUGCUAACCAAGAAGGAGGUAAUGGGAGGAGAGGAGCUCUGAUAGUGAUUGAAGGGUGUGACAGGACUGGAAAAACCACGCAGGCAGAAAUGCUGGUUGAAUCAAUAAAGAAAGAAGGCAAGCCUGCAAUAUACAUGAGGUUUCCAGAGAGAGGAACACAUAUUGGAGGUAUCAUCAGUAGUUACUUGUCAUGUGAAAAAGACUUAGAAGACCAUGCCAUACAUCUUCUCUUCUCUGCAAACAGAUGGGAAUUAUUGCCAAAGAUUUUAUCAGAACUGAAAAGUGGAACAUCAAUAAUUGUAGAUCGAUAUGCCUUUUCUGGUGUUGCCUUUUCUGCUGCAAAGAAGGAUAUGAGUUUAGAGUGGUGUAAGAAGAGUGAUGCUGGACUUCCAAGACCAGAUCAGGUGUUGUUUCUUGACUUAAAGCCAGAGGAAGCAAAAAGGCGAGGGCAGUUUGGAGCGGAACGUUAUGAAAAGGAAGAGUUUCAGAAACGCGUCUAUGAAAACUAUCAGUUGCUGAAGGAUGACGUGUGGAAGGUUAUUGACGCAAAUAAGAGUGUUGCAGAUUUACAGGAAGCUUUAAAGACUGAGGCAUUAAAAACCAUAGAAAAUGUUAUGGAACAAAAUGAUGAACUAAAGAAACUUUGGGUCUAAAAGGCAUGAUUGUAAAUAUUCAGCAAUGUCAAUGUUUUUUGUGUAAGACAUUGACCUGAUGAUAAAGGCAUUUAUUAUUAUUACUUUUUUUUCAACUGCAGUUCAUUCACUUCAAUUAUUUUUUUCUUAUAGUCUGUUUAGUUAAUUUGUAUUUUAAAUUAAUAUUGAUUUUAAUUGAAGUUAAAUGAUAUUCAAAAUGUGCUAACCUGUCUAUGUUGACCAGAAACUGUUACUGUGCAGUUUAUGGCACAGCAAGUUUAACCUGAAUACAGACUUUGUUGUGUUUGCACACAUUUAUGAAGUCACAAUUACAUCAUGUACUGACCUGUAAUAUAUAGUUCAUUGCUCUAAUAAUUCCCUUGAUGUAAUCUCAAUUACGUCUCCAACUUCAUCAGGCUUCUACAUCGGUAAUGAUAUGUCUUUGGGGGUGACUUAAAUAUAUAUUGUUAGUAAUACUCUAAUACAAAUUAUACAACUAAACAGGAACUAUAUUAAAGAUUCAUAUACAUAACAGACUUCUACCAGAUGAGUUACAUCUAAGACCUACAAAGCAUUUGAAGGGAUAAAGGUAAUUGUGGCAACCAUGACAAGAAUUCCUGAAUGCCAGAUAUGUGAUUUGCUUUUUGAUGUUAUAUCUUUAUCAGAAUCAUAUAACUGAAGAGAUAUUGAUGAACUGAAAGUUGAGGUACACAAAGAGUAAUUACCUACAGCUCCUGCCAGUUAGUAUUAUUGAUUCUUAGGAUGUAGGCUAAAGCUCUGUUGUGUUUAGUUCCAAAUGAUCUCUACAGAUUUUAACCUGUUGAAUCUGGGUGCCUUGCUCUUUGCACAUGGCCAACCCCCAUCCUCCCUUAUACUACCUUACAACCUUAUUGUCCACCUCCCCAUAACACUACCUCCCUCAACACUACUCCCUCUUCCACAUGCCCCCGUCCUUCUACUACCCCCAUCUCUACAAAAUU